AUGAAUGCAGGUAUGCUGACAGCACCGUCUGCACCGACAUUUCGUUUGCCUCCGACUCCCGUGGCACCGGCCAGAGUGGAACACCAGGCCUUGCGAUGGUGGCACACACCUGCUGUGUCUUUUCUGGCUUCAUUGACCCACACAGUCUGGUCCAAAGGCUUGCAUCGACGGUCUGCUGGCAUCGCGCGUAUGGCCGCGAAUACUGAGUUGAGAGAUUUCCU